AUGGUAACAGUGACGACUGGCAUUCUUCUCUUGACCUUGGUCCUCGGUGUGGUGCUCACUGAGUACACCACGACCGGACUCACCUUUGAGAAGGUCCGGCUGGUCUCAUCGUGGUCGGCCGGGAAAGGCUCGCGGUCGGCCGAGAAAGGCUCUUGGUCGGCCGGGAAAGGCAUGGAGGAGUCCGAGGUGGUGGGGAGGGAGGAGGGCAAGAGGCUGAGCAACUCGUCGACGACUGUCGUCAAUUAUCUGUUCCGAUCAGAUCUUCCGGAGAUUGGCUCUGCUGGAAACAGAUCAUUUGCAUGGAAUGAACUGAUGAGCUACAUGGCUGAGCGUGCUGAUGCUGCAGGGUUGCCGUGGCCGACUCACCGUCAACCGUAUGUGGUCGAUCUCUCGCUGCUCGACGCCGUCAAGGACGCGAGCAAGUACGAUGUGGAGAAAAAGUUCUUUGCUGCUCAUCCAGAGCUCGGCGAGUUCCACUUGUGGUCCAUCUGGGGCAUCGAUGUCAAUCCCAACUCGCUCGGCAAGCACGAGCGCAACGCCAUGCUCGACGUCUUUCACCUGUGGGACGUCGAUCAGCUCUCCUCUCGCUUGCCGGACCUCCACAAGAUGAUGACCACAGACUAUGGCGCGCCGCGCGUCUUCCUCUUCCACUGCUACUCGGGCGUCGAUCGGACCGGCGAUAUGGCGGCUGGAACUUGA